GCAUCAAUGGCUGCUCCGAGUGGGAAUUCACCAUCCUCUCCUGCAUCUACUGAAGGGAGAGCGAGAAAUAUCAAGAGAAUGCUUGAAUGUAAUCCUCCGACCUAUGCGAAAUACUUGAAGCUAAGACAUGGUUUUCUUAAUAGUCAUGCCUAUAUCUGCCAUAUAUGUAAGAGUUUUACCUAUGGCUCCGGGGAUGGCCCCCAAUUGAACCGUGCCUAUGACUCCAAUUUUAACCUCACAGAGACCCAAGUUGAGAACAUGAUCUUAGGUCAUUUGGAUGUGAUCUACAGGAAUGCUAUAAAAGACCUCACUUCUAUUUAUGGCUAUCCGGAGGCCAAUGCAACCAGUGCUGUAUUGGCCACCGGGAUUUGUUAUGGUUGUAAAGACCCCAUUGGUAAUGCUCUGAAGCAUGCAUUGACAUUUCUGAAGUGUGGGUUGAGGGUGCAUAAAUCUGAGAAGCAAAACUUUUCCAAGGAGAUGAAGACAUUGGUGAAGUUGGUUUCGAUGAUCGUAUAUGAUGGGCAGAAGAAGAAUUAUCCUUUUCUAUGUAAGGAUGAUUUUUUGCUCUGGUUGCUGAUCUAUAAGAUAGAUCCUUCAAAUGUAUUGAAACCGGCUAGUUUUCUGUUCCGUGGUUUGGCAAAUCUUAAGAAUUUAAGCAGUUCUACUAAUCUCCAAUGGAAAGGGGAGUCUACAGCUAAUACUUCAACUGUUCAAUUUAUGCCCGAGGCUGGUGUCACUGAAGAUGACAAGCUGGAAGCAUCAUCUUCUCACUCAGAGAAUGCUUCCGAACCUGAGUUACCCCCUGCGACAGGCGACCCAGGCUUGGCUUCUGGUAGAUUUGCUGCUGCGACAUCUCUGAGUCUCUCGAAUUCUGAUCCAAAUGCAGCGAAACAGAAACCAAUGUCAUCAUCUGAUUCUCCACUUGACAAAUUCUCCUCCCUAACUAUAUCUGAAUCAUCUAUUCCAGAAGAAAAGCCAGCAUAUGCUAAUUCGAAACAUGCAGAUAGUUCCAGGAGAGAUUUCACCCUUCGCUGCACCCCGGAGAGGAGACACCAAGCUAGAUUAAUAGGCAAGGCAGGGAAGCUUGUCACCUUGACAAACCAGAUCUUGGAGAGCACAAGGAGCAGCAUGCUAGAUUCAUAUUGCUCUUUGCCAAAGCUUGAUAAAACAGUUGGUCUGGAAUCGUCACAAUCAUUUGCUAGUUCAUCAUUUAUCAUGAGUACAGUGACCACCACUUCAUCUCUUUCCCAUGCAGCAAAUGUUGAUGCUUUUACAUCAAUGCCAUCUAAAAGCAGCAGUGAUGCCAGUUUCAAACCUGAUUAUGAUGUUGCCAGCUGCAUCCCAUAUGUGCUGGAGAUGUUACUCUCUCGUGGUCCGGAUCUGCAAGUCGAGCUUCAGUAUUGGACAAACUGGGCCCAUCGCAAGGUGAUGCAGGCUACAAAUAGACUGAACAAGGACAAGGCUGAGCUCCAAACCCUAAGGCAAGAAAAACUGGAGGCAAUAAAGCAGAAGGAGGCUUUCACAGAGAGAACAAUGAAGAAAAUUGGAGAGAUGGACACUGCACUGUCGAGGGCAAAAACCAUGGUUCAAGUGGCUAGUGCUGGUAUAUGCAAGCUUGAAUUGGAGAAAGCCAGGUUGGAACAAGAGCUGGAAGCUGCAAAGGUACGUGCUUCAGAGUCAGCAGCCAAUUCUCAGGAAGCUUCGUUGAAGGAGAUUGUGACUCUUAAGAAGGCCCAAACAUGCGAAAGAGAGAGAACAUUGUUUCAAGAGGAGCUUCUGACUGAGAAGCGCGUGCUGUCGCAACUACAGCGGCAACUUCAACAAGCUCUGGUGUCUCAUGGCCAAAUUGAGGCUAGAUGGAAACAAGAAGAAAGGCUGAAGUCAGAAGAACUCACAAAGGUCCUCAAUGAAAGAAAAGAACAUGAGAAACUGGAGGCUUCAGUCAAAUCAAAGGAGGAUAUGAUCCAAUUAAAGAACGAAAGUGAUAUGCAAAGUUGCAUAGAUGAUAUCAGGAGACUUCGGCACGAGACUGCAGAACUAAAGCUAAUGAUAAACUCCUCAAACUUCGCAAGGCUUGAUUGGGCCCAGAGUGCUUAUUUUACUACAGAUGUAACGGGUUUUAAGGAAUCUGGAACUGGAGAGGUACAGCGUGAUUGGGAGUGUGUGAUGUGCUUGGCCGAGGAGAUUUCAGUUGUUUUCCUUCCCUGCGCCCACCAAGUUCUUUGCACAAAAUGCAACGAGUUGCACAAGAAUCGAGGCUUGGGAGAUUGCCCCUCUUGCAGGACCCCCAUUAAGCAAAGGAUCUGCGUCCGCUCUGCAUGCAACAUCUGACCUUGGAGAAAUUAAAGAAAUAUUGGAAUCAUGAUAUCUCGCAUGAAAGUGAAUAAUGUGCCAAGCAUUUUAUCUUGGAGGUUAAACAAUCAGUUUGAAUGGGAGAGGGGAGUGACAAGCCCACCAGAAUGGUAUUGAUAUAUUAGGGUCUGCGUUUAAACAAAUUAAAUUCUUGAUGAACUCUCAUGUAUUAUCAGUGCAUUACAUUUCAUCCUAAACUUGCAUUGCUGCUUUUGUGUUUGGAUAUU